CGAGACUUGAAGGAGGGCAGGUGAACAGCACAAUCCUUGACCUGGGAAACUACAGCACACUGAUGAUUGUCGUCCCUUCACCGGACGUAACACUGGUGCUAAAGAUGGAGCCCUCAGAGGAAAUACCAUUUGUACUGUUGCUGGGGUAUAAAGACUACCCAAAGGACAAGCAAUAUAUAGCCAAGACUCAGAUGCCUCACCAAGGCAAUUCACAAGAGAGAUACACCUGGGUCCUGGGUCCCAAUGAUUUGACAGGAAAGGUUGGGGUGCACUACCUUGUGGUGAGGCCCAUUGUAGAAGCAGGGGUUAAAUCUGUCAAUGCCACUGUGACUGUCACCUCCAUUGCUGCUCAGUGCAAAUAUUGGAAUGAAACCAAAUCCACCUGGAGUGAAGAUGGCUGCAGGGUUGGUCCUUUAACCACGCCAUUGGUCACUCAGUGCUUAUGUAACCAUUUGACCUUCUUCGGGAGCGCUUUCUUCGUCAUGCCUAACCUUGUGGAUGUGUCCCGUACUGCUGAGCUCUUCGCCACCUUCUCAGACAACCCUGUGGUGGUGUGCUUUGUUGGAGCCAUCUUCGUUGCUUAUCUCUUGGUGGUCGUGUGGGCACGCAAAAAGGACAUCCAGGACAUAGCCAAGGUGAAGGUGACAGUGCUGGAAGAUAAUGACCCCUUGGCUGAAUACCGUUACAUGCUGAAUAUCAGCACUGGGCAUCGGCGUGGUGCGUCCACCUCCUCUCAGGUUACUGUGACUCUGCUGGGCACGGAGGGAGAGAGUGAGCCACACCACCUCACUGACCCUGACAAGCCUGUGUUUGAGAGGGGUGCAGUGGAUACGUUCCUGUUGACCACACCCUUCUCCCUGGGGGAGCUGCAGAGCAUCAGGCUGUGGCACGACAACUCAGGGGGGCACCCUGCCUGGUAUAUAAACAAAGUGAUGGUGCAGGAUCUAGAAACUGGACAGAAGCGGCACUUCCUGUGUAACUCAUGGCUGGCCAUAGAUAUGGGCGAGUGCAUCCUUGAUAACGUCUUCCCUGUUGCCUCGGACAUAGAAUUGAAGAAAUUCAGUAAUCUGUUUUUCAUGAAAACGGCAAAGGAUUUCCGUGAUGGCCACAUCUGGUUUUCUGUGAUCAGCCGGCCUCCAACGAGCACCUUCACAUGUGUCCAGCGAGUCUCCUGCUGUUUCUCUCUGCUGCUCUGCACCAUGCUGACCAGCAUCAUGUUCUGGGGCAUCCCUACCGACCCCUCUGAGCAGACCAUGGACCUGGGUCAUAUCGAGUUCACAUGGCAGCAGGUGAUGAUUGGAAUUCAGAGUUCAAUCAUAAUGUUUCCAAUUAAUCUCCUCAUUGUGAGUAUCUUCAGAAACACUCGCCCCCGAGAGACGAAGCCUGGAAAGCCCAAGGCAGAGGGGUCCAAGCAGGGGAAGACUGGCAGAGUGUCUCCCUCACAGCCCCCCUCCCCACAGAGGGAGAGAGACCUCACACCAGACACUGUCAUCAAGGACAUAAAGAAGCUUGCUCAGUCACUCUCCAAGGCUAUGAAGAGCCCCAUUCCACGCCUGGAGUUAGAGAUGAAGCCUGGACAACAGACUGAUAUCAACACUCUGCUCUCUCUGGUGGAGGACAUCAUCCGGAAGCAGAACCGAGCCGGUGGGGAGUUCUACACUGAUGCCUCCAAGAAAGAGGGGGCGCUCAUUCUCUCACUAGGAGUAGCUAAUCUGCAAGAGACCAGCCUGUGUGGGAGCCCUGAGAAGACUGGGGAUGGGAGCCAGAAAAGGAGCAACAACAGCCAGUAUCUGUACAGGCAGCUACGUCAUGUAGAGAAGGAGCUGAGCCUACUGGGACCCUCUCGCUUCCCCAACCCAGACAGCUACUGCCGGGCAGUGCAGCAGGUCCAGGGCAUGAAGGGACUGCUAGAGUCUUCCAGCCUUGGAGGGGACCAGCUGGCUCGAAGCCCCAGCCCAGCAGAGAGCAGUGAGGGAGACAGCAGCAGUAAGAAGCAGGGCGGGCUUCCCUGGUGGUUUGUGUUUAUUGGCUGGAUACUGGUGUUAGCCACCAGCGGAGUAUCAGGAUACUUCACCAUGAUGUAUGGGCUGACCUAUGGGAAGGACCGCUCUAUAAGCUGGCUCAUCUCCAUGGUUGUGUCUUUCUUUGAGAGCCUCUUCAUCACUCAGCCGCUGAAGGUGCUAGGUUUUGCAGCCUUCUUUGCUCUCGUUCUGAAGAAAGUUGAUCAGGAGGAGUAUGGGGAUCCAAAGUUUGAGGGGGAGCUCCGAAACCCAGAUGACCCUGAUGCAGUGCGGGCUGUCAGGAGGGAUAGCACAUGCAGCUUCUACCAGCCCCCUCCUCCCACAGACAUCGACAGGAUGAGGAACAACAUGAUCAAGGAGCAGAAGGUCUUCGCCCUCAUCAAAGAGAUUCUCACCUACAUGGGGUUCAUGUGGAUGUUGCUCCUGGUGGCGUAUGGUCAGAGGGACCCUAACGCUUACUUCCUGACUCAGCACAUUCGGCAGAGCUUCAGCCAAGGGAUCUCAGACAGCAUGAGCCACGGAAAUGUGUUCACCUGGGCAAAUACCUCUCUUCUCAGCAACCUCUUCGGAGAGAACCCAGGUUUCAUCACAGAUGGGAACUCCAAACUGGUUGGUAAUGCCCGUCUUCGCCAGGUGAGGGUGCAGAAGAACUCCUGCCGCAUCGCCCGCUCCAUGCGCCAGUCUGUUCCUGACUGUCAUGCUCCAUACUCAUGGGAGGUGGAGGACAUGGGCUCCUAUGGGCCAGGCUGGAACCGCUCGGGGAGUGAAAACACCUCAAAGACCCUCCGCAGCCCCUGGCAAUACCAAACCCAGGCCCGACUCAGAGCCCAACCUAUCUGGGGUAGUGUGGUUCUCUACCGGGGAGGGGGGUUUGUGGUGGACCUGGGCCCUGACUCACAGAACGCUAGCAGUACCCUUCAGUAUCUGUUUGACAACACCUGGCUUGAUAUGUUCACCCGGGCAGUCUUUGUAGAGUUCACCGUGUACAAUGCCAAUGUCAACCUCUUCUGCAUUGUCACACUCAUGCUGGAGACCACAGCUGUAGGAGCGUUCCAGUUUCGCAGUGAGCUGCAGAGUGUCCGACUGUACCAGUCCACCGGUGGACUCCACAUCUUUGUCAUGGCCUCUGAGGUCAUCUAUUUCCUCUUUAUCCUCUACUACAUGUUUGUUCAGGGAAAGCUGAUGAAGCAGCAGAAGUGGGCUUACUUCAAGACAAAGUGGAACCUGCUGGAGCUUGCCAUCAUCCUCCUGAGCUGGAGCGCAUUGUCUGUCUUCAUCAAGAGGACCCUGUUAGGGAACCGGGACAUGGAGUACUACCACAACCAUAAAGACCAGUUUGCCAGUUUCCAUGAAACAGCCAUAGCAGAUGCAGUGCUGGGGUAUCUGAUCGCAUUCCUGGUGCUACUGGCUACAGUCAAACUGUGGCAUCUGCUGAGGCUCAACCCCAAGCUACACAUGAUCACAGCCACACUGCAACGGGCCUGGACAGACAUAUCAGGCUUCCUCGUGGUCAUCACCAUUAUGUUCCUGGCCUAUUCUAUUGCUUCUAAUCUGAUGUAUGGCUGGAAGCUGUACUCAUAUAGGACUCUCCUGGAUUCUGCUCUAGCCAUGGUCAGCUUGCAACUGGGCAUCUUCAACUAUGACGAGGUUCUUGAUUACAACCCGGUGCUUGGUGCGUUCCUCAUCGGCUCCUGCAUUAUAUUCAUGACCUUUGUGGUUCUGAACCUGUUCAUCUCUGUCAUCCUGGUGGCGUUCACUCAAGAGCAAAUGCAUCACAAGCCCUCAGAGGAGGAGGAGAUAGUGGAUCUGAUGCUGAUGAAGCUCUGCAACUUGUUUGGAAUCAAAAUUAAGAAGAAGGAAGACAGUGACAGCCCCAAGGAGAAUGGCAUGACUGCCUCAGCAACUAACAAAGGAUUCUUCACUAUAUCCUCAUAGAUGAUUACUUCUAAGUACUGGUGUACCACUCUGUAUGUAUUCAUAGGGAGCUGUCAUUUUCUGUUCUGUUGCUUCAUAGGAGCGGUGAUGCAUUUUGUUGACUUGUUGCCUCUAGCCGUUUAAUUAUCUAAUAUAUCAUGCAUGAAUGAGGCUAUUUGUGCCGUUUUGUGAUCUAAUGCAAAGCUUUAAAAAUAUGUUAAGAGGAAAUAACAGCUCCUUCUUUUCCCUCACACUUUUCUGUCACAAAUACACACAUGUAUGGUUACUAUGGUAAUGUGAGGAGUAGACAACACUGAGGAGUAGAGCAGGAUAAAAAUAUAAUUCAAAUGUUGUUGUAUUCAUGUUUGUUGUGAAAUUAAUAGCAAACUAGUAUUUUGUCAACAUUAACCAAAUGAGCUACAUAAGAAUGAAAAAUGAUUAGACUUAUGUGGAGUAGAUAACCAAAUAGCCAAUUCCCUUCACUCUUUUAAUACAUAAAGAAAAUGCGAGGGUCUUCUUCAUAAAAAAAAAAAGAUAAAUAGUGUCCGACAGGUGGGAAGAA